UGAAAAGAGGGAAAAGUAAAAAAAAAUUAAAAAGAAAAGAAGGGAAACGAUGAAAAAUAUGGGUCAAAGGAAAAACCAAAAAAGGAAACAGAAAAUGGGGCUUAUCCUCAAUUCCCCACUUUAGAGCGCGAAUCUAGAGAGAGGAACCGAUGGCGAGCUCGUCGUCCGAUGAUUUCUCCGUCGUCGUGCUGGCGUCCGACCUCGGGAUCGACGCGCGUCCGUUCCUCUCGAAGCAGCCGGCGGGCUCGCCGUCCGAGAUCGCGGAGGAGGACGGCGGCGACGAUUGGCACGAUUGCUCUCAGGAUCUCUCCCAUGACGAAGACUUCUCCGACCUCGAAUUCCUCCAGUUCUUUAGGCUCCAAGGCUCCGACAAGGCUGGCAACCGAAUUUUCCGCAUCGUCGGCAAGUACUUCCCUGCUCCCGUGGUGAGUGGAGAACGGCUCCGGAAGUAUGUUUUUCAUAAGAUAUGCAGUGAGCUUUCUGAAGGGCCGUUUAGCAUUGUUUACAUGCAUAGUACUGUGCAAAAGGAGGAUAAUUCUCCAGGCAUAUCUAUCUUGAGGUGGAUCUAUGAAGACCUCCCUGUGGAAAUUAAGGAGAGACUUCAACUUGUUUAUUUUGUCCACCCUGGAAUUCGUUCAAGACUGGUCUUUGCCACCCUUGGUCGGUUAUUCUUAAGUGGAGGGUUAUAUUGGAAAAUCAAGUAUGUAAGCCGCCUGCAAUACCUGUGGGACGACAUCAAAAGGGGAGAGAUAGAAAUCCCAGACUUUGUCCAAGAGCAUGAUGACAUUCUUGAGCAUAGACCGCUCACAGAUUAUGGCAUUGAGCCAGACCCUUUUUAUUUAACCGAGGUGCCUAACACAGCCUACCCCUUUGGGAGGUACGAAGACAGAUGGGCAACAAGGGAGUAUGCGUCUUGACAUCAUGGAAAACUAAGCAGCAAUUACAAGCCGAUGCUAGCUGAGCAUGGAUAAUCUUCUCCAGUUUUGUACAGAAUAACUGUCUGGUCACUCGAACUUUCUCUUUGUAAUCCUUUACCCUCGUCUUGUGGGACUAAAGCAUUAUGAUCUUCCCAUUCCGUGAAUGGAGAUUUGCUAAAAUACCUUGCAAUGUAUUCACCUCUGGUCCUGUAAACUUAUCUACCUGCACAUAUGGUGACUAUAUGUUUGGCUAUAAGCUGCAUCUGUAUUAAGCAGA